AGAAGAUGGUAUGUGAUAACAGUGUAUGUGCUCUAAGUUGCGAAGUGCAAGUUACUGAAUAGAAGAAACGACCCAAAUUUCAUCAGUGACUUCUUCGCUAUGAGAAUCUCUAUCCGACGAACUGCGCUCUCCCUUUUAAAUCCACUUUUAAGUGGAGGCCAUGAAUACGAUGCUUCUUCUCAAAUUUUUUAUUUGCUUCACGGUUGGAGUCAUGGCAAGAAAUAUUACUUUCCCCUCCUAUGACCAAAAAAUGGCCGUGCGUAAUUUAAUUCGCGAUGAUGACUUCACAAAUGGCGACGAACAGUCGUGGAUAAAUACGAUUCAAGAUUCUGUAGUUAAUCCAGAGGAUAACUUGCAUUUCGUGAACAAUGAAAGUAUUUUUUUGCCUGAUCUGAUAACCGCCUCAGGGAAAGAAUUUCCGAGCGAUGAAGAAUUAUCUGGUGGUUCAGGCCUCAGCUUGGGGGCAGAGGUGCUGGAAAAUGUCGUCUUUACGGAAAUCCUGAAGAUAUUUUCUACAGAAAAUAACACAAAUAUCCGCGAAGUAAAUAAUGGAAACUUGGCUUUCCAAAGUUUGAUUUCAGAAAACAAUGUGAAUAUUCCGAAAAGUUUAGCAGGUGUAGAAGAUAGAUUUGAUAAUCGAAGAGAAAAAACUCGAAGAAACGACGGAGAAAUUUCGAGUAGCGAAAAUUUAGAAAAAUUCGGCGAAAUUAAUUCUAAUAAAAUUCCUCCAGAAAUUCCUGAAUCGAUUCUCACCGGAGACACGGGAAGUGGGAAUUCUCUAGUGAAUAUUGCAAAAUAUACUGCAGAUAUUCAAAAUAAAUCUUUGCCUGACGUCACACCAAAAGAAACUACAACUGAAAAUAUAAAAACAAAUCAGCAAAGUGUAAAAGAGGGUGAAGGUUCCACUCCCACGUCAAAACCGAGUGGCCGGGUCAGAAGAGAAGUGCAGGGCGUUACGGAUUUGGAAUCAGUUUACGGCAACAGGUUUCCCUUGAACCAGCAGCAGCUGAGCGACCUCAUCCCUUUGGUGGUUGAGGACAUGAGGAAUUGUGACCUCGAUGAAUUAUUCUCGGACUUUAUACUUCUAAAACACGACGAAAAACGCAAGCGACGUGAAACUGACGAUGAUACUUCUCGGUUAAAAGUCACAACGAGCUUUGAUGGCACAACAUCAAACGACGUUAAUAAUCCAAAUAUUAAUUUUUCAAGAGACAAAGACGAUGAUAUUUACAAAAAUAUGCAUGACGUCAAUUCAAUUAAAAUUGAAGGUAUUAUACGGAAAGAAGGUAAUGCGACCUACAUAAACCAUAAAAACUAUGAAUCAGAGGUACACAGAAAAGAUCCGAUACAAGAAGCCACAGCUUUUGCCAUCCAUAAAAAUAGAAGUGAUCCAGAACCUAACCAAAAUAGUUGGCACGCAAAUGCUACCGUUUCCGUGCCUGCUGAUACAAAAUAUCUUGUGAGCACUAUCGACGAUGUACAGAAAGAAGAAAUGAAUUCCGAAAUUUUCGAAACAAAUAACUGGAAGACUAACCCAAGAUAUUUAUCUGAAUACGAGGCUACUUUGAGAAACACCGUCGAAGUUAAUUCCAAUGCAAACGAAACAAAUUUUCUGAGAGAGCAAAAUAAUUAUAAAAUUAACAACUUGCACAUUCAUUCAGAAGCUCCAGAAAAUAAUUCACGAAAUUCAAGAGAAGGAAUUAAUGAAGUGACUUCACACACAGAAGAGAAGCAAGAAAAUAAAGAAGAAAAAUUUCGUCGUGACGAUGAGAGGAUUUUGAGGAGAAGAAAAAGGUUCCUUUUCUCCCUCUUUCGAGAACAGGAACGGCAGAUUCUCAAAGUGCCGGAGCUGAUCAGGUCGCAGGGCUACCCCAGCGAGGUUCACACCGUCAUCACCGAGGACGGCUACAUCCUGGAACUACAUCGCAUCCCUGGGGCAAGGUUCCGGAAGGAACGUAGGAAAAAAUUCUUCAAACGAGAUGUCGAAGAAAAUCCAAUAGAAAAUUUCCAUGAAGUUUUGCAAGACUACUUGCCUCGUUCAGAAGAAUAUCUCAGAGCUUCAGAAGAGAUAUCUGAAGAAGAUGGCACGCCUCUAACGCCUCUAAUUAGGCCAAGUCAAAUACUGGAAGAAUUUGGCCAAAUAUUGGCAAAUAAUCCGCAAGAUUCGAUUACUAAUCUCAAGUCUACAGCCCCAAGAUCACCUAUUACUGAUAACACCAACAAAUAUACAUUGGAAAACAUCAUCGAAGCCAUCCAACAUUUAUUUGAUUCCACAGACAUUAACGAUCCAUCACCAAAUCUCAACGUUAAUGGAUCUAACCCCUCAAACGAACCUCCAGGUUUGAAACGCUUAAAGCGUUCGAGAAUCUACAACGAUUUCUUCCCGGUGUUCCUGAGCCCCGAUGUGGAUUCUUCCCCUCAGUUCGUGACUGCAAAACUCAAAAGAAAGAAAAUGCGUAGAAGUGCUAUGAGAAAUUACGGGUUUGAUAUGAUCCGCAACCCAUGGGAUCACAACAUGCCCCGACGACGGCCACCGGUCCUUAUCCACCACGGGCUCUUUGCUUCAUCGGCUAACUUCGUCCUGAGUGACGCUCAUAGAGGAGCUCUAGCGUAUCUGCUGGCAGACGCUGGCUACGACGUGUGGCUCGGCAACUGGCGGGGUAACUCCUACAGCAAAGGUCACGUCAGACUAGACCCUGACAGCAACGAGUUCUGGGACUUCAGCCUGGAUGAGAUCAUGCGGUACGACAUCCCAGCUGUAGUUAACUACAUCCUAGCGACGUCAGGAGAGCGGCAGCUGCGCUACGUCGGACACUCACUGGGCUGUGCGAUGUUCUUCGGCGCCACCAACCUGGACUCAACCCUAGCCCACAAGGUGCGCGUUAUGGCUGCCAUGGCCCCGGCUGCCUUCAUGGACAAUUCUUUCGGGGUGCUGCGGAACACCAUUUUGUCCGUCAAAAAUUACUAUUUCAUACUGGAUAGACUGGACUUGCCAGACUUGUCUAUCCCAGUACCGGUGCGCGUUCGCUUGGCACGUCACUUCUGCGGCACCACCUCCGUCAUGCGGGUGCCUUGUCUCUUCCUCGUCGACGCCUUCAUGGGCAAAGUCAAGAAGCCUGAGAUGGAGUACUACACGAGCGUGCUGCUGUCGCACUUCCCAAGCACCCUGGCCUCUACCCGCAUCCUGGCGCACUUCGGCCAGUUCGUCAACUCAGACGGCAUGCGCAUGUAUAACUUCGGUCCGGCCGAGAACAUGAGGCGGUACGGGCAGCCGGACCCCCCGCGGUACGACCUAAGUACGGUCACCUCCCCCGUGGCCGUCAUCUGGGGACCUGGAGAUACGGUCAUCACUCCAGAGGACGUAGCGCUGUGCGUAGAGCGGCUGCCGAACGUGAUCCUGAACUACCGUGUCCCGAGAGAAGACUUCAACCAUCUCGACUUCAUAUUUCCCGAGCAGGCGGCAGGACUUGUGUACCGUCCCAUCCUGCAGCUCCUAUCCUGGUACCGGUGACCCAUUGUAUCUGCGGCAAUUUCUACUUUACGAAUGUAUAUAUUAUUUAAUUACUGAAACGGGUGCUUUUUCCCCACACCUCACUUGGUGCCGGUGACACAACGUAUCUUGAGUAUGAAGCUGCGGCAAUUUAUACUUUACGAACGUAUAUAUUAUUUAAUUUCUGAAACUAGUGCUUUUUCCCAUGCUUCACUAAUGAAUCGAAUCGUAUCUCCUAUAGGAAGCUGUAUCGAGGGUCGGAAGAUAAAGCGAUAUUUUUAGAGAAAAAUAUCUCAAUUGUUUGAUCAAAAUGAUGGAACUUUUUUCCGUUUCCCCGCCUAGUACCGGUUACACAUCGUAUCUCGUGAAGAAAGCUGAAGCGAUAUCGUAAAUAGAAAAAUUCUGCGAUAUUUAGUUCCAAACGUAGGAUAUGUAUAAAUUAUUUGAUAACUAAAGCUAGCGAAUUUUUCUUCCCACGCUUCAUAUAAGGACUGAGAUCGCAUCGCAUCCUAUGUAGAAAAAUACGGGUAUGACAUUUUUAUAUAACAACGUAUCAAUUUGAUCCUUUUUUUAAACUGAAACUGCAGCUUUACUUAUACAUAAUUCCUUUCCGUAAAUGAUUUCAUGAUUAAUUCGAAUACGCCUGCUGAAACAAGCCAUCUAUCUAAUGGUUCUAAUUAAAAAAUCCCCACCGAUACCUUCAAAUAGUACUGCAGUAAAUAUCUUGCUUUAAUGCCAAAGGUAUGUGCAUUUUGUUUUGUCAAAUAUGUCAGCGUACAUGAAGCUCAACUUAACAAUAUUAUGGAUUCAUUUAUACGAACUUUUAUGCAUUGAAUUCGGUUUGAAGUUUGACGCAAUUCUUGUCAGUUUGGUCACACACGGAUUAGCCAAAAAGCAUUAUAAGAUGAGGUCUGCAGAGGUCAAGGUGUACAUCUCAAUAACUACGGUAAACCAUAAAACUCCGGUAUUUAAACUCCGAUAUUCAUAUAGGCUCAUAUUGAGCCUAUAUAAUUUUAUAUAGGCUCAACUUUGCUGGCUCAUAUUGAGUGGUCAAAACUACAUAAUGAAACAAAUUGACAAUCGUCUGCCGUUUUAAUCAUUUUGCAAAAUUUAAUAUAAUACAGGUCAAUAAUCAUGUUGGAUAUUUUGAUCUAAAUCGUCAUUUUUAGCCCCUCACAAAUUUAAUAUUUCUUCAAAUCGCUUAUCUGGUUCUUCACAUGGAAAACAUAUUUUGGUUUACGGUGGGCAAACUUCUUUUAAAUCAUCCAUUAAGAAGCUGUUCAUCCAUGGCAUUGUUAAAAAAGGCUGUUAGCAUACCAUUCUCCAAUCAGCAUAUCCUCCUCAUUUUAUGAUGUUCUUUUAUUCUGAGAAGACCGUAAAUUCAGACCUCGUAUGGGUAAUAGGCGUGUUUAGUUUAAGCCAUGACGCGGAUUUACGAUGGCUUUGCGUCAUUGUAAUUAUUUUUUCGUGUAUGUGGUCCAUGUUUAAUGAACUUGCGACUUGUGUUCUUAGAGUUCGGUUUAUUAUUAAUGAAGCUUAAUUUAAUCUCCCCGUCUGCUCAAGUAAAAGUAGAAAUAUAAAACACUUUAUAAGAUAACAGUUGUGGUAUAUCAUGUGCACACUGGCGUGAAACACGAAAAUUAGUAUCAAACAUAUGUGUGAUGUUCCAUGUAUUGUCUUGGAAAAACUUGAAUUAGGAUUUUUUAUCGUGUUUCUCAUGAGAACGCUCUUUUAAAAUGUAUCAUUAAUAAUUGUUUGAUCAGGUGAAGACUCUACUGGGUAACAAAAAAUUAAUAUAUUCCUUUUAUUGAAAGCAAUUGUAGCAACAAAAAAAUUCUAGCCUUUUUUUUGCAAACAUCGAUGCCUGGGAGUUUAGCGGGUGAACUUGUUUCGAAUUUUCGUAGAAAAUUGUGUAAAAUUCCGAAGUUUAUGGUUUGAAUAUAUAUCUACAUUGAACCAAUGUACCGAUUAAAAUUUGAAUAUGGCUGUCAAAGCUGAUCGCGCGGCCAGUAAAAGCUUUUUAGGCGAACUCAAUUCUUUUUCCGCAUGUGCAAAUUCUAUUUCCAGUUACUAAUAAUUACCUUGGGAGGUAAUUAUAAACUUUACUACUAUCAUUCCAAUAAAUCAACUUUUUUUUUUUUUUUGUUAGAUUAUGAUAAUUCUUGAUCCAAUGUGCACAUUAGCCUCAUGGUGCAUUUGCUUGCAUUUUAAUGCUUGACUUAAAAAGUUAAUUUUUUUGCGAAGCGAGUGGACCGCAAAUCACGAUGUAUAUAAGAUUCGGAUUCAGAGAACGUACGAAAAAUUAUGUACCAUGCUGAAUGUUAUGUUUAGCUUCACAAAUGACAUCCGUUUAUUGAUUACUAUUGGUUUGGUGCAUCUAGCAUGCCAUUGUUUCUAUUUCUGGAACAAAAAAAUGGAAACGAAUUCCAUUAAAAUUGCGUUUAUUAUUAUUUUUUUUUUGCAAAGCGCGUCUCGUCGUGCUUUCUCAAAUUUUGUAGUCCACUUGUACAAAUAAUUUAUGGUGGACACGUGAGCUGGAAUAAAGUUGAAUUUACGUA